AAUUUAAAAAUACUUUUUUGAAGCAAAUAUGGACGAACUAAAUGUGAAUCAACAGAUUAAGCCCGAUGCCAAUCAGAAUGCUGAUAAAAGCCAGGUCGUCCAAGUGCAGGCAGUUCCGGCGGCUCUGCAGGAACUGAAAAAACUGCAGGAAGAACAGAGAAAGGAAGAGGAUGAGGAAGAUCACGACGAGCAGAAACUGCAGGUAAAAUCGGAAGUGCUGAACGCGAUAGAACUUCCAGAAGUGGUGGAACAGCCGAAACCGCAAACAAUAAACGAAAUCGAACCUAAAAGUGAGGAGUCCGACACGGAAAGCAGCACCAGCACCAGCGACGGAGAGGUUGGCCCGUACUUGAGCGAGGAAGAGGAGUACGAGGACUACGGCGAUGAUUUAGAUCAGGAGAUCUAUUUUGAUGACGAUGCCCAAUUAGAGGACUAUGAACAUUUUUUUUAACUCAACCGAAAACCAUGUUGGCAUCGGGACAAACAACUUUUUAACGAAUUAAACAGACUGCAUGACAGAUUUCAUUUAUUCAUCUCAAAAUGUUAGGAAUUAAUUGCUAAAAAAAACACGAAGGGUGCAACGAUUUUCUGAUGCCAACACAUAGAAAAGAAAACGUAUAAAUUCCCAAGCUGUCCAGACAUCCAAAACACUCACACAAUACAAUGAAGUUAUAGAUUGAAAGCCAACAAUAUAAUCAAAUUUUCUGAUCUAAUAGGAUCCAGCACCAACGCUUAACAAUCGAAGGUUAACCAUAUGCGUUUGCGAUAAAGAUCUCUUCAUAGGAUCUGGGGCCAACGCUCAUUAUUUGAGAAACUCGCUUACAACAUACAAAAUAAAAGAGGACAU